AUGAUGACUCGAGGGUUUUCAGGUGUUUCUGCUUCGGGGAGGUCGGAUCCCAGUGGCCGACUUGAUUUCUAUUCAAAAUGCUUCUGGUCAUUACUGGUGUUUGAUUUGAAUUUUGCCUCCGCUCGCGGCUUGACCACCAUAAUGGUGCCCACCUUAGUCUCAAGCAACCCCCAUAUAUUCUUCGACGAAGCUCAUGGGGUACAACCUACGACGCUUUUAGAUUUGGAUGAGCAGCCUGCUGUGUUGGUCGAUAAAGCGCUCCAGACGAUGAAGCGAGAGGGUAUCCAAGUGAUCGAGUGGCGCGCUCUACUUUCCCGCAGGAUGAAGGUACCCGUCUUCGUGAAGAAUUUCCACUAUGUCGUACCGGACAAUCAGCUAGAAUCCGCGUCGGCUUGCCUUUCCAACCUAGGCCUACCGCUUAUGCCCUUAUCUGACUUUCGCAUCAACGUUGACGGUGAUUUCCACUUGAAAGGCAAAUUUCAUAGAAUCACUGUCGGGACAGAGUCUUGGGAUCUGCAACAAAUCGCUCUAUACCCUCUCUCAUUUUCCACCCUUUCCAUGUCCGAACUUACUGAAGAACCGCCGAUGCGUCUCUACCCCUCUCAACGUUGCCCCAAGAUCCUCAUUCCCCGCCCGGCUUGGCCUGAAAGCCACGGCUAUGGCCCGGCUUUCAGCGGCUCAGGCUUGACUUUAUUCAAGCCUGAGCUUUUUGCAAGGCUUCAGGCUGGCUCAGGCCUGGCCCAGGCUCAAGCCACGGCUCAGCCGUGUUGUGUGCUUAAAAACGUCUGCCGGCAUGUCAGGACGGGAGGUGUUGCUAUCAGAAUAAUACCCAACACCUAUAUCUUGCUAAACUGGGUAUACAGAGCUUGGUUUGAUAAUCAGGACUCGAGACUGAUGUUCGUCUGCAAGUACUGCUUUUUUUUGCAAUAUGCAGUUGAGAAUGAGAGUACGAUGCACAAUGGGAAAGUUUUUGGAAAAAUUUGGACAACGGCGAGUUACCACCUUUUCAGGCCAUUCUAUUCAAUAUUCAACUACUUAAUCAUACCAACCGCCACGGCUCAAGGCUCCAUGCAUUGUGAGCCUGAGCCUUGGGCUUUCCUGGGCCUUGACGACGGCCCAAAAAGGCCCGGCUUUGGGACAGCUGGCUCUGGCUGGCUUACGGCUUUGGGCCGGGCCUGGCACAUCACUACUAGCGAUCCAAUGUGGAUCAAUUUGCUGUCGGAGAUUUCGCAGCUCAUUGGGUACCACCUCUAUGAAUUGUCCCAAGGCUUUGUUGACAUCAACGACGAUAAGGUGUGGGAGGAGCUUGAAAUGGAUAAACGCCUCGAGAAGGCCUAUCUCAUUGUCAUAGGUUGGGGGUGUGACGGGGAAUGGCGCAAUGGAGAGGAAUAA